AUGGGGUCAGAGCAUCAGAUGGAGUGGUGUUUGAAACCGGAGCUUGAGUUGUUGGCGACAGUAGACGCUGGCAUGCCACAACCCAGUCAGGCUGUGGACAAACUGUGGACUUGGAAAUAUGAGGGUGUCAUUGACAUAAAAUAUGGAGCUAAGGCACGUUUCCAUCAGGCGUCCGUCACCGACGCCCGAGGAAGAAGGAGCUGCCUUCGUCUCAAAGUCUUCGUCAGGCCACAAAACAAUUGUGUGAAAGCCUCUGGGAGCUUGCAGGAAGGCGUGGAGUUUGACGAACACAGCAACAAUUCCAUCGAACCCAGAGAUGGAAUCGGUCAUGAGUCGCCAGAACCAGCCAGACGAGACGUGAACUCUGCCGGUCAGCACCAGAUCCCAGUCCUGCUGCUAAGCUCUUCCCUCAUGGUUCUGGCAGCCAUCUUGUCAUUAUAGCAGUCUGAAAAGCAACCCCUUCCUCUCAGGAUUGGACUGUCCUGGUUGCAUCACCUCCCCUGAAGGAGCACUUUUUAAAACCCAAAAACACUGAUCUUCUCUCUGGCUGACAGGACAGAGUAAAAUACUUCAUGAGCGAAGCCACCAACGUUUUUUCUGAGUUUGAUGCUUGACUUUGUGGUGAGUUCUGAUGGUUGAGGUGCCUGAAGGUGGGCGGAGCCUCCCACCUGUUGGCCUUCCUAUGAUAUGCAGAUAGUUUACACAGUUUUUGUGCUGAAGACAAACACACAAGACGUCAUUUUUAAAGUUUCAUUCACCAAAUGGCACAAUCAGAACACCAGUUAGCUUGAUUAGUGAAGAAGCACAGCAGGACCGUGGAUCAUUUACAGACUUUUGCUUGAUUUGUAACACCAUGAAAUACGACUCACUUCACUAAACGGAUCCUGGAAUUGUGGCUGGAAGAAGAGCGCUGCUACGAGCUGAAAUUCUGUCACGUCAAACCGACUGAAGAGAGAAAAGAGUUUAGGAAGAACUCCGCUCUUAGUUGUUUGGAUAAUUUAACGAAUUAACACAAUUAUCCUAUUUUUUUUUCUUUUUAUUAAAUCAUGUAACUGUAGCAGCCAAAAUGAUGUACAGUAAAAUAUUUGAACAGAUAGAAGUCAAAAAAUUUCCUAUUUAUUGUGCCAUUCUCGUGCUUUUCAUUUCCAUUUUUGUAUAAAGAAAGAAAAAAAAGAAGGAAAAUUGUCUUUUCUAUAGCACCUCUCAACAUAAAACUCUUGAGGGGCUUCACAAGAACAAAAAAUAUUUAAGAGAGAAAAAAUUGUUUUUGAAAAAUAUAUACAAAUAAUAAUGAUACAAUUUGUGAUUAGGAAAGGUAAAGAGAAGGAAAUCAGUAGAUCCUGGAAAAGGCGGAAUAGGUAGAAAGAGGAGAGCAGAACAAGGAGAGGGUGAUGAUGAAGGUCACGCAAAAGCCUGAACAGGUGAGGUUAAAGAAGACCACUGAGUCCACUGAUCUCAGGCUCUGUCAUGUUCUGUGUCCUCGUGGUCCCCAGCCCCUUCCAGGUUUCCCUCAUGUUCCCCCUUCCUAGCAGGUUUUGUGUCUUUUGGGUCCCCAGCCCUCUCCGGUUCCCCCUCCUGGUUUCCCUCAGGUCUCUCCUAGUCACCCCUCUGCAGUUUUUCUAUAGGUUCAGCAUUUCUUUUUAUUAGUCUACUUUAGUGUGUGUGUAUUUUCCUUCUCCACUUGUUAAUUGGUCCCCCUCACUCCUCUGGUCAUUAGUGAUUUAUCUUUGGUUCUCUUGUGUUAGCUUUAUUUAUUUAGAGAUUCACAGGUUAUGGUUUAUCCCCUCUGCUUGGUUUUCCCUUCCCAUUUGGUCAAUUGAUCUCACCGUUCUCUCCUCAGUUCUCUCUCCCACGCACCUGCUACUCGUCUCCCAAUCAUCCAGCCCCUGUGUAUAUAACCCUGUCUCGUCACUGUGUGUGUGUGUCGGUCCAUUGCUGUUUGUCAGCGUUGUUUUGUCCCCCCCACUAGGUCUCGAGGUCUCUGCUCAGAAAGUGAGCUUUUGGUUUUUGUCAGAGUUUUGUCAUUAGGUUUUGGCUUCCUGCCCUUUGGAUUUUUGGUUAUCAUCCUAAAUACAGGAUUUUACUUUUUACGUUUGCUCCUGCCUCGCGUUGUCUGGUGUUCUGCACCUUGGGUCCUAACCCCCUCCCGCUCUCAGCAUGACAGGCUCAGGGGGAGAGAGGUCCAGCGUCUGGGGGCCACAACAGUCUGUAGGUCCGGUAGAGUGGUAGUAAAAUCCCAUGUUGGCACAUCUAAUAAGAGAAUAUCUAUCCCCCAACCAAUUUGUAGUUGUUUUUAACUAAAGUGCAAAGAGAUAAACAGACUGGUGUGCAUCAGGGUGUAGACAUGGAGUCCUUGUGUCUGUCAUGGUCACGAAUGCAGUUUUGCUGUUUCACCAUUGUUUUUGUGAAUCACUAGUCACAUGGUUACUGUAAAUAAGACAACUUUCCUAUGAAGUUCAGGCUAAUUAGAGAUUUUUUUUUAUUCUUGAGAGAAAACUCUUCUGUUUUAGUAAAGUAAGUAUGCGAGAGAUGAAUCAGUGAAAGAUUAACAAAGCAGGUGGAAGAGGUAGUUUGGUUCAGGUUCUCUCUUUCAUGUUGUAAGAAGUAGCAUGUGGAGGAACCUGUCCACAAAGGACCAACCUGUCUGAUCACAGGACUUUGGUCAUCUGACUGAAACAAACCUCAAACGCACCAGGAGCGAUUCUAAUGUAGGAAAAACUCCUCAGGUGAGUAUUAGAGCCACUGUUAGAGAAACACUCUAAAUCAGCAUUUUCACUGGAUUUUUUUUAUCAUGAAAAUACUUAGAAACAACUAAAGCCAUAGAGGUUUUAUUUUGGUGAAUAACUGAGACAUGCUUGACUUAAAGUUUGUAAUUCAACAACAUUCUUUAUUUGUGUUUGUUAGAUUGAAACAAUGAAGUUGUGUGCUUUAAAGAUUUAUUUAGAGGCACAGUGUGUAAUAUUCUUUCUGAUUACUAUCAAAAGCUGUGUAUCCCAUUCAUAAAUGUGUCUUUUUUCAUUAAUAUAGAAUAACAUCUAUUCUACAUCCUCCUCUUAGCUUGAAAUUUUACAUUUUUAUAUUUAUAAACAGUAGUGCACCCCGUGAAGCAUGCAGUCUAAGAAGAAGACAAUAGAUUCACCGCUGCUGAACUUAGUUAGCAAGAAAAGCCACACCAUGGCAGCAAAUCACAUGGCAGCCACGGUGUGGCUUGUGAACACUCUUUGGUGGCAUGGCAGUGCGGGAAUUUUGCGGCAUUCGUACCGCCAUGUUUGCUAUUAAUAUUCCUACCUUGCCGGACAUUUGAAUGCAAAUUACCCCUUGGUGCAAGAGAGGGUGUUGUCAUGACCACAUGGGGAGUUACUGCCAAGCUCUGGCCAGCUAUGAUGUUGAGGUGGUGUUCUGUCAGAACUCCUCCAACAGGUGUGCCUCUGUUAUGUGCAGUUUACUGGUUCACAGAUGGGCAGUCACGCUUGACACAAUUAAUAAACCAAUAAGUAAUUCAAAAGCGUACCUAGCCAGUCACUACAAACAACAAAAGAGAGGACACACACUUAUGUACUAUCGCUGUCUGCCCGUGCUGCUGAAAGAAAAAGAGGCAUCACUUGUGUUACUGGAUGAUCUUAAAUAAAACAACUGGUUAUUAUUCUUUAAAAUAAAUAUCAGUGAUCUUAUUAUAAAACCUAAUAUUAGCUAAAAGUUAAUGAUUUGGGGGCUUUUAAGAGAUCUUUUCAGGAAAGCAGAUAUUUGGAACACAUCCGUCACGCCUUUAUAAGUGGUGGCCACGCAUUAUCAUCUCGUGGGAACACAUUAGUAAGUCGUGGCCAUAAGUGAAUGUUUUUUCCUCAAUGCCACCAGAUUACGCAGAUUGCUUUCCGUGCCUACUGUAAUGGUAAUGUUAAAGUUAAAGUCCCAUUAGUCAUCCCCACACACUGGUGAAUGAUUCAGCACUGAAAGUUGAUGCACAAAUGAUCGCGGUAGUGCGUUCCAGUUUACUUCAUUUGAGGCGCCUGGCUAAGAUCAAGCCCCUGUUGUCUAGGGAGCAUCUACAGUCUGUUAUUCAUGCAGUCAUCCUGUCCAGACUUGACUACUGAAAUGCACUAAUUGCUGGUCUGAGUCAGGGUGCGAUUGUUGACUACAGCUGGUUCAGAACUGAGCUGCUGGGUUUAUGACAGGAACAAGAUGGCAUGACCAUAUUACACCGGUGUUGGUAAUACUCCACUGGCUUCCCAUCCAGUACAGAGCAAAGUUUUAUGUGCUGAUACUUGGGUUUAGAGCUCUUCACGAUACUGCGCCUGCCUAUUUAUCAGCACUGCUACAAAGAUAUGUUUCCACCCACUCUCUUUGCUCUGCUGACCAGGAAUUACUGGUGGUCCCUUGUUCCAGAUGCAAAUCGAGGGGAGAUCGUGCAUUUGCGGUCCUUGCUCCAACUUUGUGGGAUGGUCUGCCUUUGAAUGUUAGGCUGGUGCCUUCCUUCCAGAUUUCUUAACCACGUCUGAAGGCCCAUUAUUAUGUCCAGGCAUGUUCACCACUGGGGUCUGCAAUUUUGUCUUGAUUUCAAUUGUUUUAAUGUGUUGCUGUUUUAUCUAUUUUUAUUGUUUUUAUUUUAUUUUAUUUAUCUUUUAUUGUAUUUAUUAAUGCAAUUGCUUUUUAUUGUUGUGUUCAGCACCUUGGGCUUAUGCUAAAGGUUGUGGAAGGUGCUUAUAAAUGAAUAAAUGAAGGAAAAUUACAUCUCCCCAUUUGACCCAUCCCAUGGAGAGCGAUGAACUGCAGCUUUGGCCGCGCUCGGGGACCAGUCGGUAGUUUUAACCCCCCAACCCAACCCUUACAACUGAGUGACAAGCCAGAAGGCGAUGGGUCCCAUUGUUAAUGUCUUUGGUAUGACCCGACGAGGAUUUGAACCCUGAUCUCCCAUUCCCAGGGUGGACACUCUAACUAGGCCACUGAGAAGGUAUAAAUAAAUGUGUAUAUACAUUGUCUGGCUCUGGUCUGCUGCAGGUUAGAUAAUGACUGAACCUACACAUGACCUGCUCUUUAGAGAAUAGCCUUUAAUUGUGGCUCUAAUACUCCAUUUUAGCAUGAAGCCAACUCUUGGUGGGGAAAUCCUCUUCAAAAGGACAUUAGCAGUGAUUUAGUGUUCUUAAACAUUCACUGAAAAAAGCAAAACUCUCUUUAAAAAACAAUUUAACCAAGAAGCAGUUGAUGCUCCAAAUGGUCUAAAGUUCUUCAGAGUUCAAUAUUUGGUUUGUUAACAAGUCAGAUUACCACCAUAUUCUGUCAGGGAAUAAUUACUUUGUUAGCUGCCAUUUGAAUGAAAUCAUCUACGGAAAUAACCGGUUGAUAAACUGGUGCCAAUUUUGAUAAAAUGGUUAAAAGGACGAUUAAAUUCCUUCCAAAAAUGUAAAGAUAAUUAAUCUGAGAAAAUCUUGAAAUUCUGAGGUAAUUUACUGAAAAAUAAAGCGUUUUGAAGAUAUAAAUACAAUUUUAUCAAUUUUUCUUUUUACCCUCAGCAUUAAGAAGAGAUCCCAGGUGAGGAAACGCUCCUGGAUACCGUGUAUCCCAGAUUAUAACCCACCCAUUUCUUUCCACACCUCCUUUACACAUUAAUGUUCUUAUCCAAAUUCAGAAGUUUGAUACAAAAAUGCUGACUUUCAUUUUCUAUGUCUUUUAUAUAAAACAAGAAAAGGUUAAACUUUGCAUGUUUUUCUGUAGAUGCGCACAAUCGCGUAGAAGCACAAUCAUCUAGAAGGUUUAGGAUGUUCUUGUUUAGAUUCAGUGGCAGCAGACAUAGGUCUUGAGUUGGUGCUGGUGGUGGUCAGAGGGGCCGACGGCGCCAAAUGGCAGCCUCGCCUUUGUCAGACCGCCCCAGGGCGGCUGUGGCUACGCAGUAGCUUACCAUCACUGGCAGUGUGUGAAUGUGAGAUUGUGUGGAAGUGUCUUUGAGUGUCCUAAAAAGCACGAUGUAAGUUUGAUGUAUUAUUAUUAUUAAGUAUUGUUGAAGAGUCUGUGGACCUAGACUUUGUUUCUGCAGCAUCUCCAUCCUAAGAACCUUUACUUUCCUCACAGCUGUAUCUUGUUCCUCCUCCACUGGGAUGGCACUAAGCUUCACCUUUCUUUGAACAUGUAGUGACUGUAUCUCUUGUCCGUCCUCCACCUUCUUGUCCUUUUCUACAGAAACAAGCCAUGUCGUUGUAAAUACAUGUGUUGGAUCACCCAUGACUAACUGAAAGAAUCAAAACAAAAAAAGGUUUAAUAAAUAUUUCAUUCUGGCUGUA